GGCGCAGUAGAGAAAGAAGGAGGGAAGGGAAGGGGGGGCGCAUGCGCCGCCGUUGCUGGUGUGAGGAGGCCGUGGCCGGGCAGCGGGGGAGCGGCGGUUCCUCGGGGCUCCGCGCGGGCCCUGCCCGCUCCUAACGGAGGUUUCCCUCGGGCGGAGGCGCGGGGCGGCCCGCUGGGCGCUGCGGAGCCCGGAGCUGUGUUUUAUGGCCUAGGAGGAGGCGGCUUCCUUCCCCGAGCCGUUGGCAUCCCGGAGCCUGCCCUGCCCGCAGCGAUGGAGGAGGGCAGCUGAGGGACCCCGGCCCAUUCCGUGCCCCGGGGCGGGCCCGCGCCGUGAGCUCGGCCCUGCGGGGUGCCCCUCCCUGCGGCCUGCGCUGGGUACCGGAGAUGGAAGAAAAGGAGCGGUGUGGUAACGUCCAGCUGGCACCUUGAGACUGACGGGAUCCGUGUCUUUGGGUUGUCUGUCUGGUUUUGUUUUUGUUUUUUGGGAGGGGGGAGGGGUUGGGGGUGCGUGGCGUUUUAUGGGGUAUGGGAGAAAGGAGGUGGUUGUUAAAGCCAGCCGUCAGAGGCGAUUACUGAAUAAACUGAAGCACAAGAGGGGGGUUGGCGAGCUGGAAGCUGCCCUUGCCUAUAAAAUAAAGGGGCCGUGUGCUGCUGCUGUGACUCUGAGGAAGAGACCUCGGCCUCCUGAGUUUCUCCCCUCCUGCUCGCCAUCCGCCCUGCGAGAAGAUGAGUUGCGUGCCAUGGAAAGGUGACAAGGCCAAAUCGGAGUCCCCAGAGCCACCCCAGCUGCUGCCGCCGCUACAUAUUUACCACGAGAAGCAGCGCAGGGAGUUGUGUGCCCUCCAUGCCCUCAACAAUGUCUUCCAGGACAGCAACGCCUUCACUAGGGAAACCCUGCAGGAGAUUUUUCAGAGGCUGUCUCCCAACACCAUGGUGACGCCACACAAGAAGAGCAUGCUGGGAAAUGGGAACUAUGAUGUGAACGUGAUCAUGGCAGCGCUUCAGACCAAAGGAUAUGAGGCAGUUUGGUGGGACAAGCGCAGGGAUGUUAAUGUCAUUGCCCUGUCUAAUGUGAUGGGCUUCAUCAUGAAUCUGCCGUCCAGCCUUUGCUGGGGUCCCUUGAAGCUCCCCCUCAAGCGGCAGCACUGGAUCUGCGUCCGGGAGGUGGGAGGCACUUACUAUAACCUCGACUCCAAACUCAAGAUGCCUGAGUGGAUUGGAGGUGAAAGUGAGCUCAGGAAAUUUUUGAAACACCAGCUAAGAGGAAAGAACUGUGAACUCCUGCUGGUGGUGCCAGAGGAGGUGGAAGCACAUCAGAGCUGGAGAGCUGACGUGUGACCUGGACCGACUCUGUCCUCUCUGUCCUCUCCUCUGCCCCUUUCUGGAACUCAUGAUGUCCUGAAACCUGGAUAAUGGGUGCCCCAACUCUUCUCUUCUGGAACUUCCUUUGUUAGGCUCUUUCCUUUCUUCCUUGGUGCAAUAGGGAGGUGGCGUAGGACACUGUGGGGAGUGGGUGGGAGGUACUGAGGGCAGAGUGGAGGAAACUGGAAGCCAAUCGCUGAUUGCAAAGGCGAAUGAGCUGCAUGCCCUUCAGCUAACUAGAAGGCGUUGCUCUCUCUAAGGCUGUGCUUUGGGGACAGGCUUUCUGGAAAGCCUCCGACCUCUCUUUCUCUGUGUUACCCAAGGCUGCGUAUGGUGACACAGUGUUCCUUUAGAACUCAGUGGGGAGGAGCGGGGGCCGAGCACACCGUCGCUCCUUCACAAGCCCCUCCCUCCAAAACAAGUUGUCGUGAAGGUGAUUGCGACUUGGAAGGGUCUCUCAGGACACAUUCAGAACACUAAGAAUAGUAUGGUGUUCAGCACGACCCUCUGCUUUGUAGGGAUGGUUUGUGCCCAGAAUUAGAGGGAGGUGGGAGGGUAAAAAAACUCAUCUUUUGGGAAAUUCUUUGGAUAGCUAGAGGAUUCUUCCCCAGUAUCUCCAAAGACUUAUAUGUGUGGCCAAGUGGCUGUUUGGCAACGUGUGGCUAGCUAAGGCAGUGCAAAAACAGCAGGCACAGGCUAAUGGGGGACUAUCAGGUUCCUGAAUUCUGGCUAAAGUCUGCCUGGGUUUUGUGCUAUGUUGGGUUUUAAUUUGUUUGUUUGUUUUAAACAUCUGAAGCUAUUCUGGUUUUCUGUGUGAACACCCAGUAGUUUAGGGGCUGUUUGGAAAGAAAAAUAAAAUCUGAAGGAGUUUUAAGAGGAAAUAAUUCCCUUAUUUUCCUCUUUCCAGAAGUCUAGCCCACGAUCACAAAUGCCACGCAGAAUGUCCCAGAAGGAGCUUUCCUACAAGUGAGCUGGUCACGAAAGGAGAAAAUAUAUGUAAUAAUUUGAGGAGGGAAGUCUUAUGAUAGUCCACUUUUGCCUCUUUAUAGUUAUUAGCAGCCAAUGUGGGAGAUGCAGAGGGUCCACCAGAAUCAUCAGGUUUUGAGUGCGGGCCCUGGUGGUUGAAUCAACUUCUCUUUUAGUGCUGGCUGACAAACAUUCCAUUAAUGAGUGGAUUGCUUUUUCCUCCCCUCCUUUCCAUGGGGGGGAAAAAAGUGAUGAGACAUGGAGACUCUAAGAGGGAUCUUGGUCUGUUGUUUCUCUGUCACCUAGGCCAGCUGUAGCUCAGUUGCUGCUUCCAAGCAGGAGGAAGCACUGAACUGAGGACAGGGCUCCUUGCAUUUAGCUCUUCCUGGCUGAGCUGCCAUUUGCUUCUCUCUUUACGCACGGAAGGGCUCAGCUAAAUGGUAACUGCUGGAAAGGGAUGGAGCUCGAACGAUUCUGCUCUGCCAGGUAGGAAACUCUCAUUCCGGUGGUGGUGGAGCUUUCAGAAGGAGGGCUGUGGGCUGUAACUACCUUUUCUCAGCUGUUUCUCUUGAGAGCUCAGCAAAGCAUGAGCAGGUGUUUGAAGCCAAGCGAGAGACUGCUAACUCACACCUCGUUACCAUGACCAGAGGCAGUGUGACAACAGGACGAGCGUGGUGUUCCCUGAGCCCCGGACAUCCCAUGAGCACUGUUUUGCAGUCUUCUGAGCACAGCCUCCAGAAGUCAAGGGCAAGUGGCUCUUAUGUUUUAAAUACCCAGUGUUUCUAGAACAAGUCCUGUUUCGUAACACAUUCCAAUGACCAAUACCAGCUGGCAGAGUUUUUAAACACUUUACAAGCAGAAUGCAAAGCCUGCAGGCGUUCUGCUCAUGACUUGAAGCCAUUUCUUCAAGAGAGGAAGGGGGAGAGAAAGAAAAAAUCUCAACAGCAACACUUUCUAUGCUGCGUCAAACCGCACUUUGGAGAAACCGUUUGCAUGGAAACUGCAAGCCAAUGGAUCAGUGCACAAUAUGCAAAGAUGUUUUAAAACAUUUUGGGGCUACUUUCCUCUCCUUGUAUGUCAGCACCUCUCCUGUGGGGGGAAAAUAGUGUGAUUCAGCUGCUCAGGUAAAGGGAAACUGAACGAUCGCACCCCUGGGGCAAGCAAGGCUGCUGGACAGAGGGUGGGCGGAUCAGUCCGGUCCCACUGCCUGGGAGUGGGGAAAGUUAGUUUUCUUGCUUGUUUGGUUUUGUUAGAGCCUUGUCUUGGGUUUGUUUACAGAGAUGUAUUUUGUUUAACCAAAUAUGAAAAAAAAAAAUGGGAAAAAAAAAAACCAUUUCCAUAUAAAUGUCUUAUCACUUCUGUAUGUUCAACUGAAUUGUUCUGUAACAAAGUAUGUAAAGGAAAAAUAAACUUUUUUUUUUUCAUUGGUUAUAAAA